UGAUCACUUCACACAGUCACAGGAGAUUCAACAGAGAGGAUUUUAUUUAUUUCUUUUUUUUUUACUUUGUAUUUUAGCUUCUGCAUACUUCAUACGUAUUUUGAUAAGGUGAAUGGCGACAUUCAGGAAACUUACGAGAAAAGUGUGUAUGGCUUUAAAUCUGUGUCGAUGUCGUCGGCGAUUCCUGCUCAUCUGCUCACCAUGUUUUGUGCUGCUCCCAGUGUACAUCUACGUCUCGGUAGUUUUGACCUAUGCCAUGACACACGGGACAUCCGUCGCUCGUCCCAUGCUACCCUUGCGCUUUAUUGCCACUGGCCUCAGAUUCACUGAAGAUCUGGCUCCUCAUCCUGAAGAGCACUUUUGGAAAACCGAACUAGAUAACGGAGCGCUGUGGAACUUUCUCCAGCAUAUUAAGGACCGCCGAUACAACCCAAUCCUGAAGCAAAAACUGGAUAGUGCAGAAGGCCUCGGCGACGGAGAAAGAUCCACUGGGAAGGAAAGUGGUGGAUCAUGUAAUCCAGAUUAUGAGAUUAGCAAUGCGAUUCCAGAUUAUGAGAUGUUAACAACUCAGAUGAAAGAUUUUGUUGUGUCCAUGCACUGUCGAGACUAUCCACUGAUUCUCGAGCCGUUGGACGUUUGUGACGAUGGACCACUGGCAAAGACUCGGGCUCCGCUGUUGUUCCUUGCCAUCAAAACUCAAAGUGCAAACUUUGAGAACAGGGAAGCGAUUAGAAAAACUUGGGGGCGUUCGGGAAAUGUGAUGGGUAGGGAAAACGAAGGAGGCCUUGUCCGUAGGAUAUUCCUUUUGGGGAUGUCCAAAGACUUGCUUGUUGAAGAUAAAUUAACAUUUGAGAGUAAAAUGCAUGGUGACAUCAUACAGUGGGAUUUUGCAGACACCUUCUUUAACCUUACGCUGAAAGAUGUGUUGUUCUGGGACUGGUUCUCAAGGCGUUGCCCACACGCCCGUUUCAUCUUUAAGGGUGAUGACGAUGUGUUUAUUAGGACGCCGGCCAUCCUGGACUAUCUGCUGGCCGAGGAGAAGAACGUAACUAACGUAACUAACUUUACUAACGUAACUUCAUCGGUGUCUAUGCAAACAAAAAUGGACGACUUUAUUGUUGGUGACGUAAUAAACAAUGCAGCACCUUUACGCUCGAACCAAACAAAGUACUUCGUCCCAGAGAGCUUCUACAAAGGGAUGUACCCCUCAUAUCCUGGUGGAGGAGGGGUGGUGUAUUCUGGAUCUCUGGCCCUUAAACUUUCUCAGGUGUCAAAGAGAGUUCAUCUCUUUCCUAUUGAUGAUGUCUAUGUGGGCAUGUGCCUGCAGAGAAUAGGGGUCUCGCCUAUCCACCACCCGGCCUUUCUCACCUUUGACUUCCCUUUAGAUGAACCUAAGGAUCCCUGUGCAAACCACACCGUGCUCCUGGUCCACAAGCGUAGCCCGAAGGACGUUUUUCGGCUUUGGUCGGAAACAUUGACGCCCAGCCCCGAAUGCAGAAAUGCAACGCUGAGAGUUGAACGUGGAGAUGCUUAAGUGGACUGAAGCCACAUCUCAGUUUUUUGUUAUGCUAAAACAUGUUCUCAUCUAGCAGGUUUAGACAACUAGUAUUUUUAUCACUGUAUGUCAAAACAUUGUGAAAUCCAGUCUCUUGUAGCCUGUUUGGUGUGUUUUUGUGUUUAAUAAGAAGUAAGGCAAUUUACGCAACUGAAACCUGCUUUCAGGCCUUUGUGCAUUCCGUGUACUUUUGUAUGUAUUUAAAUGGAGGCUGAUUGCUUUGUAAUUAAAUUUAUUUAUAACUUAUCUAUUAUACUGCAACAGAAAAUUGCAGUUUCAGUAUUAGAUGCAAUAUUACUCAAGAGUAACACAUUGAAACGGUGAUCAUGCUUCUUUCAGAUCAGUCUAAAAAAUGCUAGGUUGGUAUGGUAGAUGUCACAUGAAUUUCUAUAAAGAAUUUAUUGUGAACGGUAAAAAAUACUUUGCUGCCUUAAAAUAAACCUCAUUUCAACUUACUAUUAUUUAUCUUGACUAGAGAUGAGUUGUUAUAACUUAUAAAAUUAAGUUGACUUUUCUCAACUAUAUUUUAUAAGUUGUGACAACUCAUCUCUGUUGGCAUGACUUGUAAAUCUUAGUUGAUUUAACAAAAAAUUUUAAGGCAGCAAAGUUUUUUUUACAGUGGUGGGACGACUUUCUUUUUCGUGUCAUUUUAAGUAUUGUUUUCUCUUUUUUUUCUUAUUUUUAAAUAAUUGUCUCUUGGGGUUGGGGUUAGAUUUGGGGUUUGGAUGUAUUUUUAUGUAUCGGUUUUCUUUCACUUUUAAAACUAUUCUCGCCUGGAGUUGGGGUUUGGGUUAGGAUGUCUAAAAAUGUAACAGAAAGUGAUUCUAACCCCAACCCAAGCGACAAUGGUAAAAUAUAGGAAAAAACAAUGAGAAAACAAUGCAUAAAAUGACAUGAAAAAGUAAGUCAUGCCACAAACACGAAAAACUAUUUAUAGAAAAAUUUAAAGAGUGACACGAAAAAGACAAUCGUGCUCAUGGACACGAAUAAAUUAAUCAAAAUUUCCGUGAUAACACGACUUUCCGUGAGAUCAGUCUGGGUCAAAAAUCCAUUGGGUUUUAAUUUUACUUAUGCUUGGUUGUUUUAACCCAUUGUUGGGUUAAAUAUAAACCUAUUUUAGCCCAAUGUCUGGGUUUGUCCCUUUUUGACCCGAUGCUGGGUUGACAAUAAGUCAUCAUUUUUUCAGAGAGCUAGUUAUUAGUUAUGGUUAAAAAUAUUUCAUAAAUAUCACCACAAUCUGUAAGGACUUAAAAUAAAGUUGAAUUUGUUAACAUUAGUAAAUGCAUUAACUAAACAUGAACUAACAAUGAUUCAUAUACACACUAAAUAUGCUGGGUUAUUUUCAACUCGGCACUGGGACGAAGAGUACAAGCACAACCUGUUGGGUUGUAAUUUAACCUGGGUGGUGGUUUGGGUUCACUGAAAAAAAUGAUUCAUUGAAUUU